CAAUCCAUCAGUAUCGUCUCGGACUUCAGACGAGACGGUCGGUACUUCGUGUCCUCAACCCAUUGUCCAGCGUGCAUUGUCCGGCUCUAUUGUGGUAAACUCGUGUUAAUUGAAGUCGUUACAACUUACAUCGCUGGGUGCUGUUGGUGCCGACCCGGGAUUAGUUUGGGCAUUACGGAGCGGAAGUGCCGGAAUUAAGCAGCAUGAUCCCCCUUAGAAGAGCCCUCUCGAACCGCAAGGUCCUCUUCGGCGGCGCGAUCGUCCUGGUCGCAAUCGUAGCCGUCGCCAUCGCCGUCCCGCUUUCGAUCAACUCGUCCGGCUCGGAUGACGACGACCAGGACUCCAACAAGGCCAACGAGGUGAGCCCGUUCUUCGGCCGAACGAUCCUGGACGAGGUUCCACUAAUUGACGGACACAACGACCUGCCGUGGAACCUGUACAGCAACGAACGCAACCGCAUCAACAACUUUAACCUGGACAGCGAUUUGAAGAAGGAUCCCAAGUGGGGACCGUCAACCAGCAGUCACACAGAUAUUCCACGAUUGUUGGAGGGUAAGGUUGGAGCUCAAUUUUGGGUGGCGUACGUGGGUUGCAACACGCAGUACAAGGACGCCGUUGAACGGACGUUGGAGCAGAUCGACGUGAUCAAGCGGAUGGUGGCCAAGUAUCCAAAGUACAUGAAGUACGUCACUUCGGCGGAGGGGAUCAUGGAGGCGUUUGGGGAGAAGCGGAUUGGAUCGCUGAUUGCGGUUGAGGGCGGUCAUUCGAUGGAUAACAGGUUGGCGAUGUUGAGGAUCUUCUACGAGUUGGGGGUUCGGUACAUGACGUUGACGCACUCGUGCAACACUCCUUGGGCGGACGCCUCGCCGGUGGAUGCCAACGAGACUGCUGUGUUGAGGAAUGUAACGGAGUGGGGCAAGAACGUGAUUUGGGAGAUGAACCGGCUGGGGAUGCUGGUGGACAUAUCGCACGUUAGCCAUGGAGUUAUGGGAGACGUGCUGGAACAUACGAAGGCGCCGGUGAUCUUCAGCCAUUCGUCGUCGCACAAGGUUUACGCGCAUCAUCGUAACGUACAGGACGACGUACUGAAGAUGUUGAUCGAGAAUCGUGGGAUUAUCAUGGUCAACUUCUACACCGGAUUCAUUGGAGGCAAGACGAUUGACGACGUUGUCCGUCACCUCAACUACAUCAAAUCGGUGACCGGUCCGGAUCACAUCGGCAUCGGUGGAGACUUUGAUGGCGUCGAUAGCACCCCCGAAGGGUUGGACGAUGUCUCCAAGUAUCCGGAUCUGUUCGACAUGCUGGCGAACGGUGCGUACAACGAUGGAACGACGUUUGAGCCGUGGACUCGGGAAGAUCUGCAGAAGCUAGCCGGGUUGAACCUGCUGCGAGUGUUCCGCGAGGUGGAACAGGUUCGAGACAGUAUGAAGGAUGUGCCGCCGUACGAAGAUUUGAUUCCGUACCAGGAGUUUGUGGAUGCCGGAGUGGAGGAUCAACCCUGUAUGAGCGACAUGGAUAUUCACAAGAGUUGAGGGAGGAGCUGUCAUCCGAAAGGGAAAGAAGUGUAAUACUUGUACAUAAUUGUAGUCCUUAUAUUAUACACGGUAUAAUAAAACACAUCCAGCUUAGAA